GCCUAAACUUCUUGUAAACGAACCGACUUGGUCGCACCCUAUCGGCUACCGACGCAUCGCAAGUCGUCAUGGUAGUGGUGGUGCGCGCGGCUGGCCAUGCACUGGUGUUGAUGCAGCUGCAUGCACAUGCGCUCGACUACGACUACGAAGGGUACCCGUCCCGGAGCGGCGUUGCGGCCUGGAUCGAUGUCGAUACCCCACUCGACGUCCGGACCAAAGUGUCGUCGCGGGGAGAAGUGUGGGAUCUCGUCAUGAGCGACGAGUUCGAAAUCGACGGGCGAACGUUCGAAGCGGGAAAGGACCACCUGUGGACGGCGCUGGACAUCCCGGACGGCGUCAACGCUGCCAUCGGGCUGUACAACUCGUCCAACGUGUACACGAGAGGUGGCAAGCUCAUCAACCGCGUCGAUGAAGGACCGACGAACGUGACGUACUUUAACCAGUGGCUCGAAGUCCCUGCCAUGGAAACAAACACACUGCACUACGCAGCUGGCAUGAUGCAGUCGUGGAACAAGUUUUGCGUGCAGGGCGGGCUCAUCGAAGUGGCGGCCAAGUUGCCCGGCGCCGUCAACGACGUCCCGGAUGAUGUCCACAAGAGCGUCACGACAAACCCGAACGCGGUCGGCGAGUUCUGGAAGGACGGCGUCCGAACGAAACUCACGCCACGAGACCGCAUCAAGGACGGCGCGUACUACCCGACAUGGCCUGGCAUUUGGCUCCUCGGGAACCUCGGCCGCGCGCUCUUCUCGGCCUCGACCACGCGCAUGUGGCCUUGGACGUACAACGAGUGCGAUGCCGACUUGUCGCCCCAUCAAGCGAUCUCUGCAUGCGACCCGAAUCCGGGGUACGGACUCCAUCCGAACCAAGGCCGUGGCGCGCCGGAGAUCGACAUUUUGGAAGGCGGCGGGGUGGCCAUCUCGUCGUCGAUUCAAAUCGCCCCCGGCAUGCCAGACAACUACCGUCGCAUGCCCACUCAAAAGCCAGACAGCCAGUACUGCGUGUACGGCAAGGCGUGCGACACCCCCGGCGCCAACUUUCCCGACGUCCCGACCUCGGCGUAUGCGUAUCGAGGCCACCGGAGCUGGUACCAAGGACUCCGGUACGCCGCCAACAACCGUUGCCCCCAAGAUCCGACCGAAGUGCAGCAGUACGAGCCGGUGAAAGCAGCCCAAGUGAACCCGGCCCUGGUCACGAGCAACGUGUACAACAAGCUCCAAGUGAGCGCCGGCCGCGACGCGAAUGCAGAUUUGGGUCUCAUCGACGGCAAGGGAACUCUCCACUGGGGCAUCAACUACAACGGGACGUGCUUUCCCGUCGCGAACGGGUACAUUGGAGCGUUCUUGUGCGACCCGGAUGCAAGGAACCCCAAGUGCGAGACGCCGCGGAAGGACGGCGUCGCCGACACCAACCAAAUCCCCAAGUUCCAAUACCAAAUGGAUGCGAUUUCGGCCAACUGGGACAUUGGCCACGACGCAUACACCGAGUUUUACAUUUACCAAGUCGAGUGGGUGCUGGGCGAGUCGGGGUACGUCCGAUGGAUGCUCGAAGGCGCGCCGCUGUUUGAGAUCCCGUCCGUGACGCUGACCAAGCCGCCGCAAGCCGGACGAGGAAAGCCACGGAACCCGAUCAAGUUGCCGAUCGAAGAGCCGCUGUACGUCAUUUUCAACGUGGCUGUCGCGCGGGCAUGGGGCGCGACUCCACCGAACGCAGACAUCGGGCCGUGUCGGGGCAACUCGUCCAAGCCUGUCCCUGGCACGCCCGAGUACAACAAGACGCACAACAUUUGCGACUCGUUCCCCAUGUACAUGGAGAUCGACUACAUCCGCAUCUACCAAGACGUGUCCACGAUGGCGCUGGGGUGCGACCCGCCGACUCACCCGACCAAGCAGUGGAUCGACGAGCAUCUCAAGGACUACACGGAUGCCAAGAACCCGAUGCCUGUCCGUGGCACGCCCGAGUACAACAAGACGCACAACAUUUGCGACUCGUUCCCCAUGUACAUGGAGAUCGACUACAUCCGCAUCUACCAAGACAAGAGCUCCAUGUUCGUCGGGUGCGACCCUCCCACGCACCCGACCAAGCAGUGGAUCGACGGCCAUCUCAAGUGGUACACGGACGCCAAGAACCCGAUGGUCCGCGUCGACGGCGGCGCCACGUGCAACUCGGACGACGACUGCCAGGCCACGGCUGCGACGAUGCCGAGUGGACGAUGUGUCAUGCGUCGUUGUGCCUGUGUUGGUGGCUACGGCGGCCCGCGCUGUACAAAGUUCGUCGGCAGCAAGGCGCUCAACAUCCACGACGAGAGCUACUUUGGUCCUAAAGUUGUGUACCCUGCUGUCCUUGUGAGCGUGAUGGCGGCGAUGAUUGGAUUGACAUGCGUAUGGCGCAUGCACCUGCAGAGUUCGGCCGCCUCGAUUGCAUCGGCCAUGCACAAGUCGAGGCAUAACGGAGACGUCGAGAAACUCGAGGACGUUAGUGUAGCCACGGGGCAGCCACGGAGGUAUUAUUCACCUGCCAACAUGAUGUGAACAAGGUCAUCGUGACUUCUUCGUCGUCGCGUUCCUCUGGCGGCACCUUGGGCCAAAUGUAAAAGCGCGACGGGCCGUUGGUGGUGCCUGAAAGUAUGCAAUUCAACGUCUCACGUAGAAUAUCA